AUGCAUCCUUUUGAAUCUGCUAGAACCUUUCACGGCAUACGUCAAUUAAAUCAUCAAAGGAUACAACCAACUUCUCUGCCUCCACAACAGCAACAGCAAGCGGCACACACCUUCUCAUGGACAUUACGAGGUUUCAAUGAACUUCAUCGACAGAUGUCCCCGUCAAAUUUCGCCUAUUCGGAUCGUUUUCAUUCCCCUAGGGGAACUCAUGAUCCUUCACUGUUAUACCCUCCGGGUUGGUCCGAUUUUGCCUCGGUAUUUCCCUCACAGCAAUCUCAAUUCAAUUGUUUUGAUGAUACGGCCUAUCUCUGGAGAAUUCGUUUAUAUCCAAAUGGUAGUUUGAAGAAACUACCAUCACACAUUUCAAUUUAUCUUGAAGCCAUACAAACUUUAUUUGAAAAACAACGUUACAUUACUAAAAGAUCCGUACAAUUCAAGAUACAAGUUUAUCGUUUAUUAAAAUCUAAAAAUCAAAAUCAAGAACCUUCUUCAACCAUGUCAAUACAGUUGGAUUUAUGGAAGGAGAACCCUAUAUUAGUAUAUGAGAGUAAUAUGCUGAAAUUUGAUUACGAAUUACAAAAUACAAAUACUUUAUUCGGAAUACCUUCGAUAGGAACAUUUUCUAAUUUAUUUCCGAAUGUGGAUCCAAAUCUGGAAGAUGUUGACGUGCUCGUUCGAAUUCGUAUUUAUAAUAAUAAUGUCACAAAUAAUAUGAUUACUCCAUACACCGCCUAUUAUCAAAAUGAUUUUGCUCAUCCUGAACCAAUCAUCAAAUCCCCUGCCUCUUUUGAAAGGUUCUUUGAUAAUGAGACUUAUUAUGAUGUGGCCUUCACCUUUGAUAAUGGUAUGCACAACAUAAAAGCUCAUCGUAUAAUAUUAUCUCAACGUUCCGAGUAUUUCGAAAAAUGGUUGGGAAAUGCUUGGACUGGUGAUGGGAAUAUGAAAGUUAUUCCAAUAAAAGAGAUCCCUUUUGAAGCGUUUCGUACAAUUUUAUUUUAUUUAUAUACUUUAAGGCUUCAAGAUGGUUUGGAUUUUGAUGUGCUAAAGGAUAUUUAUUCGAAUGCUGAUAUGAUGAGAUUAGAACAAUUAACUCAAUUGGUUGCUGACCGUAUAGUUCAUUUGGUUACCCUUGGGAAUUGUCAUCAAGUGUUGGAUUUGGCUUGGAAUUCGAAUAGUUACACCUCAAAAAUUAUAUUAAAAACGGUUGCUUAUGAUUUUAUAUCUAAGAAUUGGCAAACAUUACGAUCAACUGAGAACAUUAGAUACUUAAUCUGCAACGCUCCUUCUAUGGAUUGUAUUGAAGAAUUAAUGGACGCUAAAACUUUUGGUGUUGGCAAAUGA